CGCUACCCGGAGUAUGACGGGCGGGGGGUGCUCAUCGCUGUCCUGGACACGGGGGUCGACCCGGGGGCUCCGGGCAUGCAGGUUACAACUGAUGGAAAACCAAAAAUCGUUGAUAUCAUUGAUACAACAGGAAGUGGCGAUGUGAAUACUGCUACGGAAGUAGAGCCAAAGGAUGGUGAAAUUGUUGGCCUUUCAGGAAGAGUGCUUAAGAUUCCUGCAAGCUGGACAAAUCCCUCAGGCAAAUACCAUAUUGGCAUAAAAAAUGGCUAUGACUUCUAUCCUAAGGCUCUCAAGGAAAGGAUACAGAAAGAACGGAAGGAAAAAAUCUGGGACCCUGUUCACAGAGUGGCCCUUGCAGAAGCCUGUAGAAAACAGGAAGAAUUUGAUGUUGCCAACAACUGCUCUUCUCAAGUUGGUGCUAGUCGAUUUCAUUUAAACAUUACCCUAGAACCAUAUUCCCAUAGAGUUUUUAGAGAACUGAUAGACUGUUUUUUUGCAAAUUUUCUUUUUUCACAAAUUUUCUUUUAAGUUGGUUAAUUUAACUAA